AUGGGUGAUUCAGAAAGUAUUGAUGAGUAUUCUGAAAAACUCACUAUUAUUGGCAACAAAUUGAGAGGCCUCGGGAAUACUGUGGAUGAUAUCCAAGUAGUUAAGAAACUUCUACGAUCCACCUCUGCAAAGUUUCUUCAAAUCACUUCAACGAUUGAGGAGUUUAGUGAUCUCAAAAUGAAAUCCGUUGAUGAGAUUAUUGGAUCACUCAAGGCACAUAUAGAAAGGUUGCAAGGGUUUAGAGAAAAAGAUGAAACGUUCUUCUCACUCAUGCAGAAUGGAAGGAACGAGAGAAUGCAAAAUCCUCAAAGAAAGAAAGGAAGGAUCAAGGAAGUUCUAGAGGAGGCAGCGGACGGGGUCGUGGAAGAUGGAGAGGCCGUGGGAGAAGUGACUGGCAUCGAGGAGAUGAAGGAGAGUCGCAAACUCAAAAGAAGAGAUUUGACAAAAGUAAAAUUAAAUGUUUCAGUGCCGCCACCAAACAAUAUUAUAGUUGAAAAUUCCUGGUUCCUAGAUACUGGAGCAAGCAACCACAUGUCAGGAGAAAGGAGGGUGUUUCGUGAGCUCGACACAUUUGUUGUUGGAAAGGUACGCUUUGGUGAUAACUCUGUAAUAGACAUUUGUGGUCGAGGAAUAGUGCUCUUCAAAUGCAAAACCGAUGAGCACUUGAUCUUAUCACAAGUCUAUUACAUACCUAAACUCAAGAGCAAUAUUAUAAGUUUGGGACAACUGGAUGAGACUGAAAAUAAAAUUGUCAUAGAGAACAGUGUGAUGAAGAUAUAUGACAGAGCUAGAAGCCUGAUUAUUAUGGUGACCAGACAAUCCAACAGAUUGUAUGUAGCUAAGCUGAAGCUUGCGGAUCAGGAUGAAACACUGCUGGUGUUUAAAAAGUUCAAGAUCAGUGUGAAGGUAGAGAAAGGCAAGAAGAUUAAGAGCUUUAGAACGGACCGUGGAGGAGAGUUUGUAUCUACUGUUUUUAAAGACUAUUGCGAGAAUGAAGGCAUCAAGAGACUUCUUACUGCACCAUUUUCACCACAGCAAAAUGGCGUAGUAGAAAGGCGUAAUCGAACGGUGGUAGAGAUGGCCAGAUGUAUGUUAAAGAGCAAAGAGAUGCCUGCAAAAUUUUGGGGAGAAGCUAUCAAAACUGCCGUGUAUAUUCUAAACAGAUCGCCAACAAAAGGAGUUGCAAAUGGCACACCGUAUCAAGCUAUGUUUGAAAAGAUACCAAAGGUUCAUCACUUUAAAAUCUUCGGGUGUCUUGCUGAUAGAAGUGUGAAGACAAUUAUGUUGGGAUAUGAAGAUGGAACCAAAGCUUACAGACUAUUGGAUCCAUAA